ACAGUAGAGCUGCGUGACGUCGUCAGGAGAGGAAGUGGACUUUGUUCUUGUGCUCAAACGCUGAGGCGUUUAACAAACUGUAACUCUAUCUAAAGCUUCAGAACUGUCUAUGAAAAGCGGCUGUGCGAGUAAGAACAACCCGACACGAGUCCUUGGGCUGCCAAGAAUGUAGCUUUAGGAGUUGCUGGACAUUUAUUUUUUUUUGUUACAUGAGCUACUGGCGGAUAAAUUAGACUGAUAAAAUUAGCGUCCAAAAGGCGGUAACAUCAAAGCGGAAGUAGAAAGUAUCCGAGGCUGGUCGAAUUUCUCUCUGGAACUGCAAAACAGCUGUCGGUGACUUGAGCGACAACCUUCCCGUUCGCGUUUGUUUUUAUUCACCCCUUAUCCUCUUUCAAUAAACCACACCGUCCCCUCGCCAUGUCUCUGGCCCUGAAGCAAGUCUUCAACAAAGACAGAACGUUCCGGCCCAAGCGCAAGUUCGAGCCAGGCACGCAGCGUUUCGAGCUGCACAAGAAGGCGCAGGCGUCCCUGAACGCAGGUCUGGACCUGAAGCUGGCCGUGCAGCUGCCGCACGGCGAGGACCUCAACGACUGGGUGGCCGUGCACGUGGUGGACUUCUUCAACCGCAUCAACCUGAUCUACGGCACCAUCAGCGACUCGUGCACCGAGCAGACGUGCCCCGUGAUGUCCGGAGGGCCCAAGUACGAGUACCGCUGGCAGGACGAGCACAAGUACAAGAAGCCCACAGCGGUUUCUGCCCCAAAGUACAUGAGCCUGCUGAUGGACUGGAUCGAGGUACAGAUCAACAACGAGCAAAUCUUCCCCACCAAUGUCGGUACACCCUUCCCCAAGGGCUUCAUGCAGGUGGCGAAGAAGAUCCUGUCACGUCUGUUCCGCGUCUUCGUGCACGUCUACAUCCACCACUUCGACCGCGUCAGUCAGAUGGGGGCAGAAGCGCACGUCAACACCUGUUACAAGCAUUUCUACUACUUUGUUACUGAAUUCAACCUCACGGACCACAAGGAGCUGGAGCCACUGAAAGAGAUGACAUCACGGAUGUGUCACUGAGCUGGCGUCCCGAGGUGGUACAUUUCAAACAGAUGGGCCGAACCAACGGUUUAAAAAAAAAAAAAAAAAAAAAAAAAAAAAAAUCGAACCAAAAUUUCCAAAGACUCUAUUUUUAUACACUUUUAACGUACUGUAAUAUUCUAUUUAGCGAGAAGUAUGUUAACAUCCUGAAUUGCUCUCUUUCAUGUGUAGAAAUGUUUUGUUUUUGCUAGAAUUCAGUAUUAGAAAUCCUUUUAUUUUCAAUUUUGAUCCUAAAUCAGUUCUGUAAUUGUUUGCUGUUAUUUUUUUUUCCCCCUGUC